CUUAUGUACUGCACAUUGUUCCUGAUGAAAGAACCAGUACUAAAUGUCAGGAAACAAAUGUAUAAAAUGUUAAUUAUCUAUUAUUGUUUAUUUUAAAGAAACUUAGACGUUCACGCGUAAGAAGCAAUUGAAGACUACCUGCAGUGUGUGUUGAUGAUGGUUUAACUAUGGCAACGGGAGGAGUUUCAACUGACAAGUGUCGACCAGAGGGCAGCACUGUCAAGUUGUUUAUCACAUCCUACACUGAUGACUUUUUUGCUGAGCGUGAAUUUAUAAGAAGGGAGGUUUUGCCAGAAUUGCGAAGCUGGUGUGAAACUAAGCAACUGGUAGUCAGUGAAAAAUAUGUGAAAUGGGGCUCCAUACAUCCUGACCGGAGGGAUCCAACAAGCCAGGAGAAAGUUCAGACAAGCAUUGAGAACUGUUACUAUAACAAUGUCAUGCCUAUCUUCCUCAAUUUUACAAGUGAAGGUGUGGGCUGGGUGCCGAUGUGGGGGGAGUGUCCAGAUGAGCAUAUAGAAGAAUACAUCCAGGCGUAUGGGCUCCUAAUGGAGGACUUGGAGGUCAUGCAAGGCGCCUACAGGGAGGACAAUCACAACUCACUGUUCCUGAUCCGGCUAGACUCACUGUUGGAGAAAGUUCCGGAGAUGGAGCGGAAAUUCCUGCUGCAGUCCACAUCUGCAUCAGAGAAACUCAAGUGCUCCGGGGACAAGAUUGCUCAGAAGUUUCCGCCAGCCAGAUUGAUCAAGUACCACUGUGAAUACAAGGGUCUGGACUCAAGAAAACACACCAAACUGGUCUUUGACGACACUUUAAAACAAACAAUACUGGAUUUCUGCAAGCAGCGAAUCUUGUUUGACUUUUGUGGAGAGCAGCCCCAGUCUUUCAACAAGCAGGACAACAUUAUAUGUCAACAACAUGAAACUUUCAUGUCACUUAAGGCAGCCAGUGUUCUGGGUCGGACAGAUGUCAUAGAACAGAUUGAGGACUAUGUGUUCCGGGGAGACAGAGACGUUCCAUUACUUCUGUUGGGAGAGGCAGGACUCGGGAAAUCUUCUGUUUUGUGUAAAUGUGCCGAGAUAUUGACACACAAGAGUAGACAGGGACAACUCAAGAGAUCUGAUGGGAAGAGCUGGCAUGUGUUUUUCCACUUUGUUGGUGCUGUUCCAGGCUCCACCAACAUAGAACCCAUGUUAAAACGAUUACUUAGAAGCAUGGACUUUAUCAAUGAUUCCAAUAUGCCCCGUGAUGUGAAUGCAGCUGCCCAGAUGUGCUGUAGUAUGUUGUCCAAUCCCAACACACAGCCUGUUAUACUACUUGUAGAUGCUCUUAAUCAGUUUUCCGAGGAGCAAGCUGCCAAGGUGAUGAGCUGGUUACCGCGGAAGUUAUCUCCCCAUGUUCGUUGUGUGUUCUCCUCCAUAUCCGGUUCCCAGCAACAUCGCACACUCAUGAAGCGGGAAACCAAACCUAUAGAGUUAAACAUAUCCCCACUCGAUAUGGCUACAAGACAGGCUCUGGUAAACGAGAUGCUCACCAAGCACCAUGGCAAUUUGUCCGACUCUCAGUCUGACACCCAGCCUCUUGAAAUGACGCCCGGGCAGAAAGACCGACUGUUGGCCCAUACCUCGUCAGAGAACCCACUUUGGCUGACUGUGGCAUGUGAGCAGUUGUUUAGAUAUGAGACGUCUGAUACCCUCGAUGAUCGGAUAGAAUGUCUCCCUGAGGGAGUGCUCAACUUACUGGAGGAGUUACUCAAGCGGUUUGAGGGGGAAUCAGGUGGCACCCUCAUCGUAGCGACCCUGUGUUUACUGGAGGCCUCUGCUGCUGGGCUUCACGAGGCAGAGUUACGGGAACUGCUAGCAGAUGAGGACAAGCUUAUGCCUCCUGCUCCGUUUGAUGAAAAAGAUGAGAAGGAAACUUCUGAAAAGGAAACUCUGAGUACUGGUGGCUGUGUUUGCUUGUCGGAGGGUAAGUGGUCCCGAGUGUUCUCUACUCUCCGACCAUAUCUUAGACCUUAUGGAGACAGCCAUUCUGGACGUAUUGACUUCUACCACACGACUCUUAGCAAGGCUGUUAGGCAAAGGUAUUUCCAGAAAAAGGAUGACGCCGUAGAUGAGAAUAUUGAGGUGGAGGAGGAACGACCCGUUGGCUUCAACUGGUGGCAUAAAAAACUGGCAGACUUCUUUGCGAAUGUGGACUCUGUCGACAGAUAUGUGGAGGAGUUUCCCCACCAACUAGUCUGCCUAGAAGACAGUUAUAGGUUAGGACGGGCCCUAUGUGACUGGCGAGUGUUUGAUGUCCUAUAUAAUGAGGAAUUCAGCUCACAAAUUCUUGCAUUUUGGAGAAAGGUUGGGAGUGCGUCUGAAAUGAUAUCACAGUAUGAGGAGGCCCUGACGAGGUAUGAGGAAGAUGAAAGUGGAAAUGAGGAGGGCGUGUCAGUCAGAUAUGAGAAAGUCUGCAGGAUUGUUAUACAGGCGGGCAAAUAUCAUGAGGCCCUGGAAUUGCUCAAAACAGCUUUAAAGAUUGAGGAGAAGGAACUUGGUGCCCGGCCUCACAGAAUGGUGGAACUUUUUGCUCUUAUGGCCGAGAUAUAUGAUGAGAAACUGAAGCUGAAUGAUUUUGUGUCUCCUAGUCAGUUACCAGAUUUGAGGAAAACCAUCCACUAUGGUAGAAAGUCCAUAGCCAUUAGACGGACACUGCCCGGGGCAUAUCAUAGGUUUAAGCUGGGCAUGUCACUGAUGAAGCUAGCGUUCAAUAUGGAGUCCUGGCAGGCGUGUGGCGGGGGGCCUGAGCUCUCAGAGCAGGACGCACUCACAGAGGGGAACAAGUAUAUCGAUAAGGCUCUCAAAAUAUUUCAGGAGUUAAAUGACCAGGGUCACUAUGCGGAGGCCCUGAUGACAAAAGGUGUUUUGGCUCCAAGAGGCUGUAUGGAACAACUCAAGUUGUACAAUCAAGCCAUGGACCUUGUAAUGCAGAUGUAUGGUGAAUAUCAUAUAUUGACAUCAAGACUUUAUAUCAAUAUAGGCAUUGUUUACGAAGACAAUAAUGACUUCAAUAAAGCUUAUGAGUAUUUUAAAAAGUGGGCUCGGGUCAGUGAAGAAAUUCUAGGGCCUGAGCAUCCAAAGACGUUACGCGCUAAAGGUGUUUUAAGGGAAACUCGAUAUCGGAGUAUAGCCCGGAGAAUGGGAGAGUUUUAUGAAGAUGAUGACGAUAAUGAUGAUGAUGAAGAUGAUGCUGAAGAGGAUGUAGAAAAUCCGGACAUGCAACAUUAUGAUGAUCCUAUUACUCUGACUAAUAAUCAGCAGUUAAUAAUGGAGAAUAGUUUAAUACAGGAGAGUGGUGUCCCUGGGGUGGGGCCUACUCUGGAUGUUUCUCCAGAGGCAGAUGCUAAUGUCGAGGUAAACGGGUAUUUUGAUGAAAACGAUGAGCAGAAUCAUGAUAGUGGAAGUGACCAUGAGAAUUCCGACAAUGAGAAUUUUUAUGACGAUAAUUUUGAGGAUUAUGACGAACAAUAUAUGCUGUAUGCUGAUGCAGGGCGAAUGGGUGACGAGUACAAUAUAAACAUUUUACCUGAGGACGAUGACGACGAUGAUGAGAUUAUUCAAAUGGCAGCUCGUGAUCAUGCAAACAUGAUACGAGGCCAGCGCAGGGAGCGAGACAAUAGAUAUGCUAGUGAUAGUCAUGAGUCUAGUGGAACAGAAUCUGACAGUGAACAUUCAAAUACACGGAAUAACCAGCCUGACUGAAGUUGUUACAUAGAACAAAAUGGUUAAAAGCAAUGGUUCCAAGUAAAUCACGCUUUAUUUUAAGGGCACUUGUCAGCUUGUUAUUGCCUCUUUUAACUUAUGAUGUAGGAACAUGCUGUGUCUUACCCUCUUAAUGCUGAAAGCCUCAUGAUGAUUUACACAUGGGUUUAAGCUGGAAUGUUAUGGAAGGCUGCUGCACCAUGUCCUUUUUUGGAAGCACCCUCAUGCCUUCAUAGAAUUAAAUGCUUAUAAAAUCAAAUAGUUAUUUUGUUUGGAUUAAAACAUAAAGUAUGAUUACAACUUCAUACAUACUUGACAUGAUUGACAGUUGAAAACUACUAUUACUUCAAUUAAACACAAUUCCUAACAUUUUUUGUGAAAUUCAUACUGUUAAUAUUCGCCACAGACAGACAUAAUGUGCCCUUAUCUCCCUUAGCACCCUGUUAUUUUUCUGCAGCAACCUGUCCUUUUUAAACACCUAGCUUAAACCCUUACACAUGUAUGUAAGUACAUGCACAUGAAAGUAAAUAAUAUCUAAACGAAUGGUGCAGAUUUUUCUUAUUUAUAUAUAAAUGAACGGAGAACAUUACAUGUACAGUUGAACCCCGUUGGCCCGAACUCGUCUGGCUCGAAUUCCUCGUGGGCGGAUUCCUUUAUACUAAACGUAAGCAUUCCCGCUUGGCUUGAAUUUUCUGAGGCUCGACGUAUUUUUGCCGGUCCCUGUGAGUUUGAGCCAAAGGGGGUCCGACUGUAUACAUGUUUCCGAUUUAAGUUUAAGUUUGAUUGUUAUUCAGCUGUUGUGCUUCUGCUCGUCUGUGAUCUUAGUUUUAUAAACUGAACAUCGAUUCUAGCUUAAACAUUAAAUGACAGGUUAUUGGUUGAAAGAUUGGGCCGAUUUUUUAGAAUUUUGUUAAAAGUUAACAACAGUAUAAACGCCAUGGUUUUUAACUUUUAAACUUGAAGUAUUUGAUGGUGUGCAUACAUACAUAUAUAUAAACAAUACAACUGUAUCAGCUCUCUCAAAUCUGUAGAAAUACAGCAAAUCACAAGUGUAUCCAUUAAACUUCAAGGGCAAGAAAUAAUUCCAAGUGAACAAUGAUGUCAUUAACAAUGUUGUUAACUUUAACAAAGUUCUGAACAUUCGGUCCAUUGUGUAUGAAUAUGAUUUCUAAACAUAACCUAAAAAUAGAAUGACUCAAAUCAGUAGUUCAAGUAAUUCAUAGUCAUUUUGAUAGACUGUCUUUAAAAAAAUUGGCAAAACAAGACCCAUUAAAAAGCCUUACAAGAAUUGGCUGGUGUGUCAGGUGGGUUCAUGAUUUCUAUGUACAUGUUUAGUAACCAUAUUUUAUUUGUCAGCUUUUAGGCAUUCUAAAGAGUAUUUUAUGGAUGUAAAACCAGUGCAUUCUCGGUGCUAAAAUUUAAAAAAAAGUUCAGUAGUUUUGCAUGAAAACUUUAGUUAUUAUUUUCUACAAUGAAUGUCAAUGAUAAAAGACAACAAUUAAAAUAUUUUCAUUUUUAUGCAAGUUUGCAUCCAUAAUAGCAAUUUUUAAGUUGGGAAAAAUAUCAAAAUGUGUCUUAGGCGUUUUACAAACAGUAUUUCAGUUAAAAUUAAUGUUGAUAACUCUACUAUACAGUAUAGUUUUUAAUGAAAAGUUAUAUUGCUGACUAGAUAUGCUUAUUGGUUAUUUAUAUAAUUUCAAUAUUUAGCAGUCGGAAAAAUGAUUACUUUGUUAAUUUGUUAAUGACUGGUGUUGAUCUAAACAAAAGAUCAAGGAAAUAAAACAUCUAAACCUA